GGUGACCGGCGCUCGCUCAGCUUCCUCAACCUCAUCGGCAUCAUGUACUUUGCGGUCUCUGGAGGGCCGGAAGGGACGGAGGGGAUCAUCUCAGCUGGGGGGCCCAAGUUCGCCCUGCUGGGGAUAGCAGCGACCUCCGUCCUCUGGAGCAUGCCUAUCGCGCUGCUGUCGGCCGAGAUGGUCACGGCGGUGCCGCAGAAUGGCGGGCCCAUGGUGUGGUCGAGAGCAGCAUUCGGAGCAGGGACGGCGAUGGGAGACUUCGUGGCCUUCCUGGCUGGCUGGCUGUCGUUCCUAUUCACUGCCGUUGACGCUGCCUUGUACCCGAGCAUGUUCAUGAGCUACUUGGUGGCAGGUACGGGGAUCGCCCUGACCCCGGUCCACAUCACCUUCGGCAAGCUGCUGUUCGUUGCUGCGCUCACAGCUCACAACGUAGCUGGAGUCGAGUCCGUGGGAGCCAGCUCCUCGGUCAUGAUCAUCGCCUUGCUCGCUCCCUUCGUCGCCUUCAUAUUCGUUGCCUUCACGGGAGUGGCUGGAUGGGCUUUCAGCCCUGGGAACUGGCUCGUUGGAGCUCUCACCCCCUCCUCUGCCGUCGACUACACCGUGCUCCUCCUCUGGAAUAUGGGGAUGUGGGAGUCUGCAGCCUCCUGCGCAGGAGAGGUCCAGAACCCUUCCAAGACCUUUCCUCGAGCCCUGGCUGCUGUUCUCUUCCUAGUUGUCCUCAACUACGCCUUGCCCAUCAUGGCCUUUACAGGGGUGGACGACAAUUAUGACAAGUACGUCAACGGAUACUACGUCAAGAUCGCAACGCAGGUAGGCGGCAAGGCGUUCGGCUCGGCGCUGGCGCUAGGGCAGUGUAUCAGCACGAUCGGGCUGUUCAGCAACAGUGUGGUGAAGAAUUCUUAUCUGCUGUGUGGGAUGGGAGAGCAGACUCUCCUCCCCAAGCUCUUUUCCGAUCGAUGGUCUGUUACCAACGCCCCCAUCUUCUCCAUCGCUGCCUCCUCCCUGGUCACAGUGAUCAUGGUCAUGCUGGAUAGCUUUUCUGUCGUACUGAGCAUCGACAUGAUGUUGUACUCCAUGGUGUUGAUGAUAGAAAUUGCAGCGUUCAUCAAACUCCGAUAUUCUUUCCCCGACUUGCAAAGAGGGUACAAGAUUCCCAUCAGCGGGCCUUGGCUCUUCAUCUUCUUCACCCCCGUCAUUGCCUUCGGUAUUCUUCUCAUCUGCACAACGAGCCUC